AUGUCACAGGCCAAUGGUGAUUGGAAAGUUAAAGAAGAAAAGCUAAAGCCGUACCAUCAAGAUCUUGAGGAUCUCAUCCCUCACUUCAACAAAGUAACCUUUACUCAUGUACCGAGGCUCAAGAAUCAAUUUGCAGAUGCCUUGGCAACACUGGCAUCCAUGGUCGAAAUUCUUGCUGGUGUGAAGCUAAGGCCGAUAGUGAUCGAACAAAGGGAUACAUUGGUUUACCAACAUGUCAUGGCCGUCGAUGAACCUGAUGAUGGUCACCCUUGGCACUACGACAUUUGCAGAUUUGUGGAGAAAGGAGAAUACCCCAUUGAAGCAAGAAAGAAAGACAAAGUCACUCUCCAGAGAAUGGCAGCUCAGUACAUCAUUUGUGGAGGAAAUCUAUACCGGAGGUUGCACUGCGGCAUGCACAAGUUAUGCAUCCAUGGUGCAGAGACAAAGAGGGUAAUGGAAGAAAUCCAUGAAGGCGUGUGUGGUUCUCACAUUAACGACAUGAUGCUCGCCAAGAAGAUCCUUAGGCAGGGAUAUUUCUAG